AAACUUUCCCAAGAAAAGAAAAAGGGCUUUUGUUCAGCCCAGUCGCUUCCUCAGAAUCUAGUGACAUCUCCUCAACUCCGGCGAAUAAAAGCCUCCAGCUAUACCAUCGAUAAAAGCCUCCGCAGGCGGUAUCUCCGGCAAACAUCUCCGGCAUCGAUAAAAGCCUCAACUCCGGCGAACAAAUCCCUUCUUCGCAGGCGGCAUCUCCAACUUCGGCAAAGACCCACUUUCGGAGAUUUUCCUUACGAAGUGGAGUCGAGUUGAAGCCUGGGCCGUAAUAAGAACCAGCUAAGAGAAGCGCGGGCUGCUUAGGCAACUGGUAAAUAUACUGGACUCCCAACAGCAAGAAGCAUUUUGAACCCAGGCCACGGGUAAAAAGGAAAAUGAGAAAAUUGGUGUCGAAGAUGCUGCCCAAACCCCGCCUAACAGUAUCCCCCACCGACAACUCCGCACCUCCUCUUGCACCACCGCCACUCCCAAUCCCGGACUCCUCCUCCACGUUAAUCCCGACGACCCAAACCCAGCUCAACCACCUGACCCACAUCGUCAAAUCACAUCUUAAACCCUCCUUCACACCCCAGGACCUGGUAUCUUUUCUCAAGUCACGCAUCCACCACCACCCUGGCGUCACCCACCUGGACUUCCACCUCUUUCGCUACGCUGCCUCUCUCGACACUUUCUGCCACGACCACUUCACCUUCGAAUGGAUUGUACGCUCACUCGCCACCUCCCAUCGUUUUGACUCCCUCAAUCUCCUUGUCCAAUUCAUCGCUUCCAACCCCUGCCCUUGCUCCGAUGGUAUAUUCUCUUGUCCCAAAACUGAGCCCAUCUUUCGUUUCGCCAUCAAUGCUUAUUGUAGAGCUGGCAGAUUUGAUGACGCUUUGUUUGCUUUUGAUUCCAUGAAAAGAUUGAUUGAUGGGAAGCCUAAUGUUGCUAUAUACAACAUCAUAAUUCAUGGGUUUGUUAAAUUUAGGCAGUAUGAUAAGGCUUUAGAAUUUUAUGGACGGAUGAUUAGGGACCAUGUUAAGCCGGAUGUGAUUACGUUUAAUACUUUGAUAAGCGGGUAUUGCAGGAAUUUACAGUUUGGAUUGGCUUUGGAAAUGUUCAAGGAGAUGAAGAAUAAAGGGUGUGUCCCAAAUGUGGUUAGUUUCAACACUUUGAUUAAGGGGUUCUUUAGGGAGGGAAAAGUCGAUGAGGGAAUAGCCUUGGCUCAUGAGAUGAUAGAGUUAGGCUGUGAGCUUUCUAGUGUCACCUGCGAGAUAUUGGUUGAUGAACUUUGUAGAGGUGGGCGGGUUAUGGAAGCUUGUGAUUUGUUGAUUAGUUUUUCAAGAAAAGGGGUUUUCCCGAGUGAUUUUGAUUAUUUUGAGCUAACUGAGAGGCUUUGCGUGGAAAGAAAUGUUGGGAGAGCCGUGGAGCUGGUGGAUGAGUUGUGGGGAAAGGGAAAUGCUCCUAGCGUGAUUGCUUGCAUAAUCUUGAUUGAAGGUUUACGGUGUACCCGACAAAUUGGCGAGGCUUGUAAAUUUGUAGAAAAGAUGCUAAAAGAAGGUAUUGUACCGGAUAGUGUGACUUUUAAUUGUCUACUUGGUGAUAUGUGUGCAGCUGGAAGAGCAGUGGAAGCUAAUAAGUUGAGGUUGUUGGCUGCUGGUAAGGGUCUGGAUCCUGAUGGUAUGACUUACAGGAUCCUUAUAUCUGGUUUUAGUAAAGAGGCUAAGGAGGAGGAGGGGGAAGCAUUGGUGGAGGAGACGCUUGAUAGCGGAUUGAUACCUGAUAUUGCGACCUAUAACAAAUUGAAGCUUGGACUCUCUAAAAGAAAGAGUCGGUAACUGCCAGCUCACUAAUUUUUCAGAAAUCUUGGUCUCUGGUGCAAUGCACAUUAAUUAUAAGUAUACUAGUAAGUCCAUAUACUAACUAUUACUUUAAAAAAGAAAUACACACACCUAUAAUUCAUAACAAAAACAAAGAAAGUGAACCCAUCUUUACUGGAUGAAUGGAGGGAGUAUUAUUUUGAAGCAUUGAAUUUCUGCGUUUUUUGGGUCGGGCAUUUGUUAUUAAACUUAAGCCAGAGCUCCCGAACAGGUUUAGCCAAGACGCAAUCAAAUGGCCAAUCCGAACAUUCGAAAGUACUAAUUGGCAAAGACUCGAUCAAAGCCAGAAACAGGACCCUUUCCCUUUCCGGGACAAAAUUUCUAUAAAGAGGCGUUUUCUUUUCGGGCAUGCUUUGUCCUUUAUUCUUCUUUCAUUUAAUUUAUUGUUUUUGGGUAUUCUUCUUUUAUUUUUUGUUAUCCCAUACCUCACUUUCUAAGAAUCAAAGUUUUUUGUUUUUAUUUCAUUUCAUACAUUUCCUCAAUCUUCGAGAACAGAAGGUCUGAUGGACACCUAAAGGACAAAAAGAUAAAAAAAAAAAAAAAAA